UGACAAUGGACCACAUAGUUUAUUCUCAGCGAGGGAGGAUGUUUUAAACCUAACGAAUUAGGAUUUACCCAUUUCAGCAGCUUCAUGGACAACAUCUGGUAUCUGGCCUUUCUUACCACCACUCUCGCUUCAUUUUUAGGUGAGGUAUCGAUACCACGUGAUCUCAAAGUUACUCUCCAUGGCAACUCUGCCACCAUAUUUUGGUGGUUAUCUAGAGACACACCGGAAGUGAGGCGGUUUGAGCUUAAGUGUCAGCUACAGGACGCGGCUGGCGGUCCCAUGCUGGAGGCUACCUAUAGCAUUAGCGGCUUUCGGCGCUCAUUCCAUAUACCGGCUCUUCAGCCUUGUUAUAGAUAUAGUAUCUUCAUGGUAGCAAUCACGGAUUUCGGGAGCAGCAACCAGAGCGAGGUGGUGGAAUUUACCACGAACGGGACAGGAAUUUUAUUCGUUCAGAGUAGAACACGUGGAAUACAACUUGAGGAAGCCAUCGUUUUAUUUAUAGUUGUUGGUCUGUGGGCAUGCGCAUUGGUGCUUUUCAUUAAACAAUGGGACAAUAUCCGAAUUUUGCAGCCAAAAGAGCCGAGAUUCAAGCAUAACCCGAAGAACUUGGACACAAUUACAAUUGUUAAGAAGCCUUCGGACAGUGUGAUUUAUAAGAAUUAUAGCAGGAAAAUGUCAUUGACAAUGGUAGAACGUGAAAAGAAACUUUUACGUAUGAACACGGUCCCAAUAAUGGAGAGUGUAUCAUCAUUACACACACUCACGCGAUCAUUUCAAAACAAGUUACCUACCAUUGAAAUGGAAGAACAACAUUUAAAUUCACAAGUGCCCUUCUCACCCAUUGAGGAGAACCCCAAGACACAAGCCAGUUCGCUCGUAUGACAACGGGUGUGCCGGAAUUGCGGAUUGAAUGUCUGAUUAGUGUGUAAAAGGAUUGAGGGUUUAAUGUCUGAUCAGAGUGAACCGGGAUUGUGAGUUUUAUGUCUGAUCAGAGUGAACCGGGAUUGUGAGUUUUAUGUCUGAUCAGAGUGAACCGGGAUUAAGGGGUUUCAACGUCUGAUCAGAGUGAACCGGGAUUGCGGGUUUAAUGUCUAAUCAGAGUGAACCGGAAUAGUAGGUUUAAUGUCUGAUCAGAGUGAACCGGCAUUGCGGGGUAAUAUGUCUGAUCAGAAUGAA